AUGGCCAGUGUGAAGUCAGAACCUGGCCAAGAUGUGGUGAGAGCAUCUAACGUUAGUAGCAGCUCAUCUCAUGGAUCAACAGAUUUUGUCAAGAAACUCUAUCAAAUGUUAGAACAGGAUCUCUACAAGGACGUUGUAAGGUGGACAAGAAACGGUGACAGCUUUGUGGUUUUGGAUACCAGUGAAUUCACCAGAGAAAUUUUACCAAAACAUUUUAAGCAUAGUAAUUUCGCAAGUUUUGUUAGACAGUUGAACAAGUAUGAUUUUCACAAAGUGAAGAUCUCAAAUGACGAUAAGCAAUCAAAAGACUACGUCGAUGGUGCUUGGGAAUUCCAGCAUCCAGAUUUCAAGAUGAAUAAUAAGGGUGCUUUGGAAAACAUCAGGAGAAAAGGACCCACUCAAAAGAAACCCGCACAAGAACAGUCCCAAGAAGCCAUCAGCUCGCUUACAAAGAAAGUUCAAUAUUUAACUGAUGAUUGUACCAGUUUGAGAGAUGAGUUGAAAAGUAUGAAAUCAAAAUACAAUAAUGUGUUAGAGUCAUUAGUUCAAUUUAGGACCAUAAAUAACCGUUAUCAUUCUGCCAUAGAGACAAUCAUUAGAAGUGUUUCAAACGCUGGUAUUGAAAUACCCCCAGUAGAUCUUCCGUCAUUAAAUUAUGCUGGUACAGCAGCCCAGGAUGAAAAUACAUCAAAACAGGGAUCCUCACAACCGCAAGCUUUGAACCUGAAUCAAGUAUUAGAGAUGCCACAAAAUCAACAACAACAGCAAAGCUCAACGACUACUCAUUCUACCACUCAUUCAUUAGAUUCUUUAGAUCGACUGGCAAAUUCGCAACAGCAGCUCCAGAUCUCGCAACAAGGGCCACAACAGAGACAUCUGCAACAGCGAAAUACAGUCUAUUAUGGUCCCCCUCCAAAUGCCGUGCCUACUUCUAAUCCCAUGGUUAUGCCAGUUCAAGAUUUGCCGCCACCAUUCCAAGGCUCUUUCAACGUUUUGCUUGUUGAAGAUGAUAUGGUUUGUAUUCAAUUAUGCCGGAAAUUCUUGCUUAAGUAUGGAUGUACUGUGGAAAUUGUAACUGAUGGCUUGUCGGCAAUUUCUGUGGUCAAUAAAGGGAAAUAUGAUUUGGUAUUAAUGGAUAUUGUCAUGCCAAAUUUAGAUGGUGCUAGCGCCACCUCGGUAAUCAGAAACUUUGAUAGUACGACACCAAUUAUUGCCAUGACUGGUAAAAUCAAUGAUGAGGACUUGAUGGCUUAUUUGAGACAUGGUAUGAGUGACAUUUUAGCUAAACCUUUCACCAAGGAGGAUUUAUAUCAGAUAUUGGAAAAGCAUUUAAAGCAGCGAACUCCUGUGGCCCAGCAGCAACAACAGCAGCAGCAAUCACCAAACCAACCAUCAAUACAACCUCCUGUGCAACCGACUCAGCAACCUGUAUCCCAGCAACAGCAAGCCAUGAAUAACCAAAGUCCUGGUGAAAAAAAUCCUGAGAUAAUGGUAAAUCAAAUACAAGAACAACGAUAUCACCAACCACCAGUACAACAACAACAGCCGAUACAGCCACCAGUACUGCAGCCGAUACAACAAGUACAACCACCGCCAAUACAUAAAACUCGGAAAUUAUCGCCAAUGGCACACGAUAUGACUCAAUUGAGUCAGUUGACACCCCCUGGAGUUCACUCGAAUGGCCUACAACCUUCCAUUACAGGUCAACAAUCACAGCCAUCCCAACCCCAUCAGCAGUCGCUUACCCCUCAAACACCCCAUAUAAUUCACACUCCUCCGCAAGUUCCACCUCAAGCGCUUGGAGUAUCAGUUGGUCAGGUUGGCACACGUCCAAUCUCUCAGCAAUCAAUUCCUGUGCCUUUGACUGGUACCGAAUUGAUACAACAACAAGAUCAGAAUUUGAUGACUGCAAGUCCCGGAGGUGUUAAUGAAUUGGGUCAAAUAUUGCCGACUCCGCCAGACGUCCCAGGAUCAAAUUCUCUCAGUUUGGGUUCUUUGGGAGAGAUAAUUGAGCAUCCUGUUCUUAAGAAACCAAGAUUAACGUGA